AUGGCUCAACAUUUCUAUUCAUUCAUAAGUCUCCGUUAUGUACUCGUUUGGUUAUGUAUAUCGAUGAUCAUCAUUGAGAUUAGUCAAGCAAUCAAUGAUGAUUUAUUUUUAUCAUCACUCGAGGAUAACAACUAUCAUCCAUUACAGCGCCGUAGUUCGAAAAAGGUAGCUCAAAUGUUACAACAAAUUUUACAACGUGGUGAAAUGCAAGUUCAACCAUAUCGUAUUCAUGAAUUUCUUCAUCGACUUCAUCGCCGAGAAGCAAACGAUUAA